AUGUACGCUCCCUUGGCAGCCAAGACGCACCCCAACGUCGCAGUCCCCCAGGUCUCGCUGCCGAUACCCAUGGGUAAAGUCGCCGCACAGACUUCCAUCGACAUGGCGAAUGCCCGCGCCCAGACCGCCUUCGACCCGGCCCGCAUCGAGGAGGUGAUCCGCGACGGCAGGAUCGACAAUGCCAGCCGUCAAAAGAUCGUCAAGACUCUCCAGGACGACGAGGUGUUCGCCGACUGGAAGCUGAAGAUGACACAUUGGUCCCGCGAACAGCAGAUGCGCAUGUCACACCUCGCCGUCCGGCGUAUCCUCGAGAUUGCCCACCGUGACGGCUGGGACGCCCAAGAGGCGAUCGAGGCCGCAAUCAACCUCGACCUACAGUCUCCCCUCUCCCUCCACUGGGUCGCAUUCGUGCCAGUCAUCAUGGGCCAAGGCGACUUCGACCAGGUGCAGCGCUGGGGCAACGCAGCCAUGGAGCACCAGAUCUUUGGCUGCUACCUCCAGACCGAACUUGGCCACGGCACAAACGUCCAGGCGCUCGAGACCUUGGCCACGUAUGUACCCGAGACCGACGAGUUCAACAUCCACUCGCCCACCCUGACAUCUACAAAGUGGUGGGCUGGCGGCGCCGGUCUCACCGCUACGCACGCCAUCGUCCAGUGCCAGCUCAUCAUCCACGACAAGCGCCACGGUCCCCAUCUCUUUUUUGUCCCACUACGCAGCGUCCAGGACGGCUCUGUCUUUCCAGGCAUAGUUGCAGGCGACAUUGGCCCCAAAACGUACGGCGCCUUUGCCGGCCUUGACAACGGCUGGGUCCGAUUUGAUAACGUGCGCAUCCCGCGAAGCAACAUGCUCGCCAAAAACGCCAAGGUCAAGCAGGGCGGCGAAUACGUCAAGCCGCCGUCGGCCAAGCUGUCGUACGGCGGAAUGGUUUUCAUCCGAAGCCAGAUGAUCGACCGCUGCGGCUGGAUGCUCAGCCGCGCCAUCACGAUCGCUUUGCGCUACUCGCACGUCCGCAGGCAGUUUCGCGAUCCGUCCAGCACGGACGAGAACGACCAGGAGCGCUCCGUGCUGAGCUACCCGUCGCUCAACAGGCGCCUCCUGCCGCUGCUGGCCAAUUCGUACGCGUACAUCCUUGCCGGCCGCCGCAUGCGCGCACUGUACGAGGACAUGGCUGCGCAGCUGGACCAGGGCAACAUCGAGCUGCUCGCCGAUGUCCACGUCGCCAGCUCCAGCUUGAAGGCCUACUGUACCAAGCAGGUCGUCGACGGCAUCGAGGAGUGCCGCCAGGCGCUCGGCGGGCACGGCUUUCUUAGCUACGCCGGUUUCAACGGUAUCUUCCCUGAGCAGCUGCCGAGCGUCACGUACGAGGGCGACAACUUUGUCCUCUUCCAGCAGGUUGGCCGCGCCAUGCUCAAGCUUGCCGGAGAGCUCAAGCAGGACCGCAGCGCCAAGGUCACUGCGACGACCGCCUUUGUGCGUGCGCUGCAUGACGCCGACGCGAUCCGCUUCCGUGCCCCGACGGCCGCGGUCGAGUGGUUGCGCCCAGACGUGUUCGCGAGCGCGCUCAACUUGCGCGCCGCGCGCCUCGUCGGGGACCUCCAGGCGGAGCUCGACGCGGGGCGCCGCUUCGUCGACCUGUCGUGGGAGUGCGUCGAGGUUGGACGCUCGCACGCCGAGGUCGUCGUGUCCACCUGGUUCGCCGAGGCGGUCGCGGACGACGCGCAGGCGCUCGGCACCGCCGAGGUCGCGUGGAUCAGCAAGCUCGUUGCGCUCAACGCGCUCAUGUCCCUCUCGCGCAACAUCACGCCCCUCGCGCUCCCCAUGGGCACAUCGGGCGCAGCCGGCCUCGCGGCGUACAAGCCCGGUCAGGCCAUCCUCACUGCAGAGUCCGUCAAGGCGCUCGAGACCGCCAUCCGCGGUCUCGUUGAGGAGCUGCUACCACAGGUCAUCGGCCUCUCCGACGCUUUCGGCUGGACCGACUGGGAGCUGUCCUCCGCACUCGGCCGCAAGGACGGACGCGUGUACGAGCACCUCAUGGCGCUCGCCGAGGGCAACCCAUUGAACCACAAGCUGACCAGUAAGCAGCCGGGGCAGUACAACUGGAACCCCAAAGCGGCGCACGGCAAGCAUGUUGUCGAGUGGUACACGCAGGAGCUCAGGCCGCUCUUUUCCGCCACUGCUGCCAGGUCCGACACGCCUGUUCAUGGCAACGGCGCGAAAAUUUGA